CAAAAGCGUCUCAGAAGUCAGCCACAUGCCAAGGGACUGACAACACCCUGCACCUGCUGCCUUCACAGUCAUGGUCACGGGAAUGCGCAGCCAGUCCUUGCGAGGACCCCGGCCCACCUAUGGAAAGCUCCAAGACUCCCAGGGGAGACCCCUGGAGGGCCGACCACGCCGGGCACUGAGCCUCCGACAGGAGCGGGACAGGGGCCAGCAGGACCCCGAGGGAGACCCAGAAGGGCCCAGCGCUGCUGCUCAGGAGUGGCUGCCAGGGGGCCCCGGGGACACGGAGCAGCUGAUCCAAGCGCGCCGAGGCAGCAGACGAUGGCUGAAGCAGUACCAACAGAUGAAGAGGAGGUGGGAGAGCCUGGUGGCCAGCAUCCCCGGCCUCACCCUGAGCCGAUCGUCCGCCUCCCGGGAGCCACUGGACAUCGCCAGUUAAACACGCGCCAGGCCUGGCACGCCAUGGCGCCCCUGAGCCACCUGCCUCUGCCUGCUCCAGUCCCCUCCAAGCAGCCUGCCCCGUCUCCCCGAGGAGGGCUGUGCCACCAGCAGCUCACGGGAGGCCCAGC